GUACCGCGUUCGGAAUCGCAUUCGUGUGCUGGAGUCAGAGCGCGCUGCGGGGCAUCACUGCACCGCCACGGAGGACACACCAUCACAGAACCAGGAACGGGGAAAAGGGAAAAAGGCGUGAAAUCGUGCAUAGGGGGAAGCACAGGGCGCUCUUUUUUUCCCCGAAACCACCUAAAUCUGUGGGAAAUUAAACAGGAGUCAGACAUUCGUUAAUAAUAAAUCCACGAACGCAGCGGACAUCUCAAGAGAUAUUUUUGGCCAGCACGGCGGGGGAAAAUGAAGGAUCGCACGCAGGAACUACGAAGUGCUAAGGACAGUGAUGAUGAUGAGGAAGUCGUUCAUGUCGACCGAGACCACUUUAUGGAUGAAUUUUUUGAACAGGUGGAGGAGAUCCGUGGCUGUAUUGAAAAGCUGUCAGAAGAUGUAGAACAGGUCAAGAAGCAGCACAGUGCCAUCCUAGCAGCACCCAACCCUGAUGAAAAGACCAAGCAGGAGUUGGAGGACCUCACAGCUGACAUUAAGAAGACAGCCAAUAAAGUGCGCUCUAAAUUAAAAGCAAUCGAACAAAGUAUCGAGCAAGAGGAGGGGUUGAACAGAUCAUCUGCAGAUUUGCGGAUCCGCAAGACACAGCAUUCCACGCUGUCACGCAAGUUUGUGGAGGUGAUGACGGAGUACAACACCACGCAGUCCAAAUACAGGGACCGCUGCAAGGACCGCAUUCAGAGACAACUGGAAAUUACUGGCAGAACAACUACCAAUGAGGAGCUGGAAGACAUGUUGGAGAGCGGGAAGCUUGCCAUCUUCACUGAUGAUAUCAAAAUGGACUCCCAGAUGACCAAGCAGGCACUAAAUGAGAUUGAGACCCGACACACUGAGAUCAUUAAGUUGGAGAACAGCAUCCGUGAGCUGCACGACAUGUUUGUGGACAUGGCCAUGCUUGUGGAGAGUCAGGGAGAGAUGAUUGACAGAAUCGAGUAUAAUGUGGAACACUCUGUGGACUAUGUAGAGAGAGCAGUUUCUGACACCAAGAAGGCUGUCAAAUACCAGAGUCAGGCACGCAAGAAGAAGAUCAUGAUCAUCAUCUGCUGUGUAAUUUUGGGAGUGGUUUUGGCAUCCAGUAUCGGAGGAACCCUGGGCUUCUAAACGACAUGAAGAGAGACAAACACUUGGAAAGCUGAGUGUUUUAUCCACUUAAACACGAAAUAAGGAAACUGUCAUAAAACGGGGGUUGGGUAGGGUUAAAAUCGAAUAUUCAAAAAUCAAACAAUCAAAAAAAGAAAUAAAUCAAGGAGAUGUUACGUACUAGCUGAUUUAAAUAUAUACAAAAGUGGGUUCAAAUAAACAUCAUAUUUACAAACUGUACAUGUAAAUGUAUUGAACAUAAAGCAGCACAUGGGUUAAUACCUGUAAAGGAAUAAAAAUAAAUUUUUGUUUUUAUUUUAUUUUUUUUGCGUUGCUUUUAUUUUUGGGGGGGCCUCCAGGACAGUGCCAGCAACUGCUAAAUUGUUUUAUGUUCCGGCAGAACAUGGUGUUUGGCAAACCAUACUAGCAUUACGAAUACUAACCAACUGACUGCAUAGAUGUUAUAGAUAGUAGUACUAGUCCGAUUGCAAUGGCCUAACGUUCCAAGUGGUUGCUUGCAUUCAGAUGACAUCUCUCAUCGUUACAUUAUUAGCUCAUUACCGAUGGAGUGCUGUAGUUUUAAAGCACCGUCAACCUCAUAGCCGAAUUUCUGUCUUAAUACUUUUACUGCGGGCAACCGUAAACAAACGAAGAUUAAGAGAACUAAGAAGCACACAUUUCGAAUUGUGAGAGGAAGUGAUAUCACCAAGUUUGUACAUGGAAAUGGUUUUGUUUUUACUUCAUUUGCUGUAGGCAGUGAAGGAACGGACAUUUCAUUUGAUCUCGUUUAGAAAGCUACACUGGGAUCGAAAGGGUGGCAUUGCGCAAAUUGUUGAACUAUGCAGUUUUGAUAGUGAUUUGCCCCUGCUUUUUGAAUUAAAUCAUGAAAACCUAUGGAAAGAUUCUGAAAAAGACAAAAGAGACUAAAUAUUUUUGUCUACGCCGAAGAUUUCUUAUAAGGAACAUUUACGGAAAUGUCAAUACUUGAAGUAACGCCUAGCCUAAAUAUUAUCUUUUGGAGGGUGGUUAGGUCUGCUGAAAUUCAUUUUCCUUAUUUUACGUUAGUUUUGCACUUUUUUUAUUUGCCUUGUUUCAUAAAUUGCAUAUAUAUUUUACAUUAUAAUAUAAAGAAUGGGCUUGAACAGGACUGUUUAGGUUUUGAAGGAUCGAUUUGAGAGUUUGCUUGACGUUUCACCUUGGUGCUAGUUAAUAAAGAGAGACUAAUAAAAUUAACUACGGGGAAGUGAUAGACACUCUUAGAUCCUUAUUCUUAAAUUCUAAAUAUCUGAAAAAAUGGGAAUAGGUGCGGUGCAGAGGUAUCUUAUGAAAUAUUUACCUGUAGAUGCAUUCUUCAGUUCAACUGAAGAAACUUGUACGGUUGGUCAGGACACUUAUUAUGCAGCGACUAAAAAUUAAGACAUUUACACAACUUUAUAUGAAAUAACUCAAAUUUAGCUCUGAACGCCAAGAGAGACAGCAUCUUAAGAUAACUCUAGCUUAGAAUAAGAAUUUGUCCAAAGAUAUUUUUUUUUUUUUCCGCAGAAACACAAAUCAAACAGUUGUAUCAUGAAUUCGUUGCAUCCUUUUCUUUGCAGACAGAAAGUGCCAGCAUGGUUCAUUAUGUACUUCUUGUUUUAAAUUCAAGGGCUAAAAUUCAAAACCAAACUUUAGCUCUGUUUUUUUUUUAAUUUAUUUUUUUUAUACAGAAUCCCCCUUGGCUUUAUUCAGAUUUGUCGCACUCUUAGAACGCCCUUACCUUCAUGUUCAUGACAUUCAUGACAUGUACCAACUCUGAACGUGCACUCCUUUUCUCAAUACGGACUUCAUUUUCCAUGUACUGCUUAUCAUAGAAUAUAUAACAGGAGCCCCCCCACCCCGUCCCACCACCCCUUUACGUACCCAAAGCAAAGUAGUAGGGAACAAGAAUGAUUUUGGGGAUAAAUACUGUUCACUUUUUACAAAGCCUGAGGCAGAGGGCCGGGACUAUUUUACUUUAAUCAUUCCAGUAACGUCCAGCAUGUUUUCUUUGAAACUUCUGUGUAUUUAGUGUCGAAUCACUUACAUGUAUGGUAAAAUGAGGUAAAUAUGUAUGUCGGUGUUGUUUUUUAGUAGACGAUAUAGCUGGAAGGCCCUUAUUUGUUAACGCAUGCAACUUUCGCUUUGUUAGUUUGCAUGGCUCUCGAUCAUGUGUGCACUUUACAAUCAAAGAAAACAAUGUCUUAUACCGCCACAUUUUUUGUACCUUUUUCUGUUUUGUUAAUGUUUUUUUUUUUAAUUUAUGAUUAUUUAUUAUGACUCUCUAAGGGUUGGAUGGGGGGGGGGUUGACUUAAUUUAAUAGUUCUGCUGCCUAUUUCAUCAUGACCCUGACAAUGCUGGAGUUUUACCGUGGUCCCCAUGAAUGUGUUCCCUGUGGAUGUGCACAUGAAUACAAAAAUCUGUUUGUCGUCGGGUAUUUUGCUCCCAAACCAUGUCCGUAGUGUAAAACGAUGUAUUCCCCCCCUCCUUGCCCUCUGGAAACACUCUGGGUACGAAUCAUUUUUGCGCAUCUUGUUCAUUUUCCCUUCCCCUGAUGUUUUCCCGAACUUGAUUGUUGUGCUUAACUGGUGAUGAUAUGUGAAUUCUUUCGUAAGACUAUUCUUUAUUGUGAGUCGUGUGCUGCGGUGUCGAAUUGUGCAACUCAAAAGGCCAUGUAUGCGUGCCCUGUCCCUUCGGCAUUUUUUCCUUUUUUACGUACACGU